CCACUAUUGGGAUGCUUACUGUCAAACGGGAGAAUCUUAUUCAAGUUGCCGCUUUGUGACGGCGCCCUAAAUAGGCCUUUCACGAACACACUCUCAACCCCCACCACUGCCUUUUUUUUCUACGUACAAAAUCAUGGCUACAGCUAUUUCGCUUCAGAUUCCCGAGGGACUUCCCCUCGUCGGUGCAUCCCUCCUUUCAACGAUCAUACUCCUCACCUACCAAGCCAGCAAGGUGGGGAGGGCACGCAAAGCCGCAAAUGUUCAAUAUCCUCAGAUGUACGCCGAGAAAGCGGAAGAGAGCGCCUCACUCGAAGCUAGAAAGUUCAACUGUGCCCAACGUGCCCACCAAAACACGUUGGAAUCCCUCCCAAUUGUCUAUCUGUCAACCGUGUUAACCGCCAUCAAAUAUCCCAAACUUGCAGCCGGAUUGUUAGCAGGAUGGAGCGUCAGUCGGUUCAUAUUCACCCGUGGUUACGCGACUGGUGAUCCUCAGAAGCGUGCAAACGGUGCCCGUUUUAGCUUCAUCUUUCAGUUUGGUCUAUAUGGCGCUUCGUUCGCUGUCGUCGGAAGUGGUUUAAGGACAUAUCUCGGCGUUUAGGUUGGAUCCAUGUUGCGCCCAUUCGUUGAUGAGGUGUAGUUAUUAUUAUUAACUUUAAUACCUAUGGUUCUCAAGCCCUCACCGUCUCUUGUGGCUGUCGAUCCUCGUUCCGAAAGCUA